UCCUCCUCCUCGCCGCCGCCAUUCCAAAUCCUCUCGGGAUCCUGGCCAAAUCCACUUAGUUUUUUCCCCAUCCACCCAAAUGGCAGCCUCCACCUCCCCUCCCGAUUCACCUCCAUCGAUCCCAACACCACCAAUCCACCCCGACGGACCUCGCUGGAGCUCCUUCCUUUUCCCCCUCUGCCCGAGCGCGCCCGUCCUCGCAGCCCCGCCGUGCCAGCUUCAACGCCCGCCUCCUCGACUACCUCGCGACGGCGACCUCGACAAGCUGCCGCCACCGGUGACCGAACCAGCAGCAACAUCGUCUCUCCUCCUCCGCUACCCCGAGCGUCCCUCUUGAGGCCCUGCUUCCUUGCGCUCCGUCGUCGCCCCGCUCGUCCAAGCCUCCUAUGUUCUCCGUUAUGGAUGCUGUCAUCCGAGCUCCUCAAGCCGACACCGUCCAGGGUCCCAACGACCUCGCCGUCCUGGCCUCCUCUGCCGUGCUGGUGAGCGUGACGCUGGAGCAUCGCAGGUCGCCGUGCCUCUGCCCAUCCUUCUCCUCCUCUCAUUCCCUCGCGUCUGUCUCUCCCUCUAAUUUCUCUCUUAUGCCCAGGGAGCCACCACCCGCGUCGCCGGAUUUCGCUGCCUUAGCCUCGGAUCCGUCCAUCUUCUCCGUUCCUCGCCUCUCCGCCUCCUGCCGUCCCUGUUGCCAUUGGACUGCGCCGCUGCAGGUAGCCACCUUGCCGCUCGCGCCGGACCUUUGCUCCUCGCGAGCCUGUUUUGACACAGCCGCUACUGCCGCCUUCUGCUACAGGAGGUCGCCCCGUCACGGCCUUGCCUCCGGCCAGAACCACCUGCCCUCGAUGCCUCUUGCUUGGAUCCAGCCGUCCCCGAAGCCAAGUGCCGCCGAUGACCUCCAUCUCCCUGCAUCGCACCUAGGCCCGCGCCACCUCCUUGUUUCGCUCUUGCACGAGCAAGACGACGGGCGCCUGAUCGAUCCGGAUGCACCGGUUGACCGCGAGGUCGACUGGGCCACGACCAUGUCGUGGCUGCAAGGCCCAGCGCCCUCCUUUACUUUGCCAUCGCCGUGGGCCGCCAGAUUCGCCGGCCUGUUCCACUGACUGGGCCUUGGCCCAUGGUGACGCAACCGAGCUCAAGGAGGAGCUCGAUGAAGAACGUGUUCGUUGUGAUGUUCCGUUUCAGUUGAUCAGCAGAGGAGCCCAGUUGGGGCGAUCGGGGAUCUAGCAUGAGGGGUUGUCUUCUUUUAUUUUGGUUCUAUAGUCGGACCUUGAUUGUAUUCUGGAUGAUGUAAUGCUAUAUUUAUGUAUUGU